AAAGAAGCGCUCACGUCGCAGAAAGAUGCGCAUGUGACACUACUUUCGUUUUGGUGCGCACAUGCCUUUUCCGGUAAUCAGUCACGAUGGGUCGCGUUAGGACAAAAACCAUCAAAAAGGCCGCUCGGGUCAUAAUCGAGAAAUACUACACUAGAUUAACGCUUGAUUUCGACAUAAAUAAACGAAUAUGCGAGGAAAUUGCUAUCAUCCCGAGCAAACCGCUCAAGAAUAAAAUCGCUGGUUUCGUGACGCACCUUAUGAAGAGGCUCCGCCACAGUCAAGUGCGUGGAAUUUCCAUCAAGCUCCAGGAAGAAGAGCGUGAACGAAGAGACAACUACGUUCCUGAAGUUUCUGCUUUGGAGCACGACAUCAUCGAAGUUGAUGCCGAGACCAAGGACAUGUUGAAGAUGUUGGACUUCAACAACAUUCCCGGUCUUCAGCUGACCCAACCUACGGCGCACCACCAGUAUCAGAACAGGCGAAAUUAAGCAAAUUCUUUUUUUCACAAUACAAACAUGUCAGUCUCGCCGUUUUUAAAUAAAUAGGUAAAC